AGAUGUCUCGUCCAUUUUUUUUAUUGAUGGGCAACAAUCACCACGCUGUGGCGAGCGAGUCCGAGGAAAAGACAUCGGUAGUACAGGGCAGUAUGGAYCGCGCCGUAGAGGCGUGAAAAAUCCCAAUAGAAAAUAGAAUACAGUGAUGAAGAAAUCGCCGUCGUCGUCCGCUCGAAGAUGACCAGCGGCAUAAGGCCAUCCGUGGCYCGAACAAUUCUCGGUGGACAAAACACUUUACGUACAUGGCAMAMUCGCAGGACGAUUUUUAGUGAAAGUUUUCCACCAGCAUCGGUUCCCUUGUGUCUUUGCCGCCGUCGAAAGAGGGGCCGUUCCGACAGCUGGGUGUCGGCCUUUUCCUCUUCGCCUUUUGCGUCGUCGGGACAAGAUCAUGGGUACGCCAAACUGAAAAGGGAUGCCUCAUCUUUGGUGGACCAAGCGUCCUUCAAGAUUCGAGGUUCGAAGCACCAYUCAAAACUCUUGCGGCGCCACGUUGCCAUCUUUUGCGAGGCUGUCCGAGCGGGUCUUCUCCACAACAAAGGCGAACUCUAUGGUAGCGAUCGGUACUCGAACAACUCGUGUGAGGCAACGAGGAAGCUGACCGCCAGUCUUGGGGGGAUCGGAGCCGAUCGGGGGAUCAUGCCGGAUUUUUCGAAUCCACGGGCUUUGCGGGGGUACACCCUCGGCCAUUUCGGAAGAGUCCGUCUUCUUUCGCAGUUGGUGGCGCAAACCGAACCCGAUUGGCUGGCGACUAGGGUCUCGCAGAUCUUCUCAGACGAGSUGAGCAAUCGAGCCGAUGAUCCUCRUUGCUCUUCUUCUCUGAAGGGGGGAAGUGAAAUCGCCCUGGCGAGCCUCGGUGGGGGCUGCGGAUACGAUUUUGUGGCCAUGUCGGCACUGAGCGAGUUUCUGAAAGGACCAAAGAUUGCAGCCACCGUAUUCGAGUACGAACCAGCCUGGAAGGACGUUCUUGGGGAUGUCGAAAGUGUUGUUCAAGACGUGGUUGCCUCCAAAGACAACCGCGCCGUCUCGCAUGCACACCGGUGUGGGUUCGAAUCUUGCGACAUUACGCGCCCGCUGGAUUCGUCUUCAAACGAAGCCCUUGCAUCGGUAGUUGGAUCGACCCAUAUGUUUUCGUGCUCGUAUGUGGUAGCAGAAAAUGCUGUCGGGUUGCGAACCAACAAGUACGAGUUCUUUCGGCAGUUGUUCUCGGAAGCGUCGGACGGGAGUCUUUUUUUCUUUACGGAGACCACGCACCGGCUGUGGCCCGACUUGAUCGAUGUGGCGAUGGACCACAACGACCAUCUCUCUACCAUAAAAAUCUCGAUACCGCAUAUUCGAUGCGGGAAGAGCGGGUGGCARCUCGCACUUCUCAAGGACUCUGCCGGGAAUGACCACGGCGGUAGCAAAACUUGUUCACUCGAGGAACACCAGAGAGUGAUCUACGAACGAUUUCGAAGUGACAAUCUCGCUCACUUGUCGCGUCUAGAUCGGGGAUGGAAACGGGACAAGAAGAAGGCGAGGGGCGCAAAGCAAUUGUCGCACAAAGAUCAACGAAAUCAAUAAUGAUAGGUUAUGAAAUACGUGACGGUGCCUCAUCAUGGGCAAUUCUGUGGUUGCGACUAAGUGUACUGAGGACGAAUGCUGAGAGUUGGGUUGCAAAGGCCCGUAUCUCUCAAUCUUACUGGAACGUAACUAUGAUGCAUAUAGAAUCAUGAUUUCUGCCUUACCAAUAGUGAAUAGUCGUAUUUCAUGCUAACU